CACCCUUACAGGCUGAAGAGUUACGGCCUCGUGGGUUGCAUAAUUGGAAUCCCUUUUUCACGAAAAGGCGUGGAGUGGUCCGUUAUUCCAUUUCUGUCACGACUCGAGACUUGGCUACUGGUGCUCACCGGGACCAAUUUUAUACGCAAAGAUGUCUAAGCUGCUGCUCGUGGCGCUUUUUGGCGCCAUAGCAGUGGUUGCUACGAGUGCUGAGGUACUCAACCUCAACGGAAGGUCUCUUUUGAACAACGACGACCCGAACGCCUUCCCUUACUGCAAAUGUACUUAUCGUCAGCGCCGGAGCCCAUACCGCCUGAAGUAUGUUGGCGCCGAGAACAACUACAAGGGCAAUGACUGGCUGUGCUACAGCAUUGUCCUUGACACCACGGGCACUGUUUGCCAGACAGUUCCGUUGACGGAGCCUUGCUGCAGCGCUGACCUGUACAAGAUUGAGUUUGACGUCAAACCCUCCUGCAAGGGCACUGUUACACGUGCUAUGGUGUUCAAGGGCAUUGACAGGACUGUUGGCGGCGUACGUGUGUUGGAGUCCAUCAGCACCGUCGGCAUUGAUGACGUCACCGGUGUUCCGGGCGCGGCCAUCCUUCGCAUCGUGAAGGACCUUGCCCUCCCGUACAGCGUCGUGGCUUCCUUCUUGCCUAAUGGCUUGCCGGUCUGCAUCAACAGGGUGCCCGGCUCGUGCACGUUCCCGGAACUGUUCAUGGACGUUAACGGCACUGCCUCGUGCGUGUCCCGGUCCCCUUCCAGCUACCCAUGGCGCGUGACCGUCGCCAACGUUUCCGCGGUCACCAUCUCUGGCGGCGCUGGCGAGCGCGUGUGCCUGAAGAUUUCGGUCGACAACGCGGCCGCUGCCACCUGCAACAACGGCCUGGGCGGGUGCUGCUCGGAUGGACUGGAGAAGGUCGAGCUCUUUGCUAACGGCAAGUGCAAGGGCUCCAUUUUGCCGUUCACUCUGUCCAACACCGCGGAGAUUAGGUCGUCAUUCUCCUGGGACUCCACUCGCCCAGUCCUCAAAUUCACCCGCCUGGGCCUCACCUAUGCUCAAGGUGUCGCCGGCGGCAGCCUCUGCUUCAACAUCAAGGGUGCCGGCUGUACCAAGUUUGCAGAUCUCUGUCCUGGCCGCGGCUGCACCGUCGCGGUAUUCAACAACCCCGACAACACAUGUUGCCCGCGGGUCGGCACCAUCGCGUAAAGCGUUUCGCAUGACGAUGCAAAAAAAAGGGUGGUGCAGCGCAACACCCCCCCGUGGGUGUGUGGGUGUGUGUGCCCGCGCAAGAAGAUUGUGCGUGAGUGGAUGUGCGCGGAUGUGGGGGGGAAAACCGCCAGUCCCUUUCUUAUAUGCUGCUACACAUGACUGAGGUUGCUGCCGGGGAGGCGGAGGAGGCUUGUGGGUGUGGCGUCGGCGUCGAUGCCAAGUCACCGCUGUGCCACUGCUGCGGCGGGCUUGGAUAGCAGCAGCAGCGGCGCAGCAGCAGCAGCAUCCGCAGCAUCAGCAGCAUAGGGACGCAUGCAUGCCUUUAGCCGGAAUGGGAGGGCUGCGUGCUGCUUUUGCAACCGCAGGGGUGAAAGUAGGUAGUCCUGCAUAAAUGAUUAAGCACUGGUCAAAUGUCGCUGAGAUGAACAUAACACGAUUAUAUAUGAUAUGAUGCGCGACAUGAUUGUUGGAUGCGGCCAGUACUUUUUUCCGCUGCGCAGGUGUCAGUGUUGCACUUGGGUUUGAUCCAGUUACGGGCCUCUCGGCGUCUACCAAACGCAAAUUGUCGUUAAUUGAUAUUCUCUUGCUUUUUGCGCAUCUCGUCAAGUGAGGGCAGCGUCCCCCUCCUGUGCUGCUGCACUUGACGUGGCUGUUGGAAUGUUCCGUGCAUGGCCGCUGGCCCGAACCAUUUGUAGUUGAGUGACUACUGCGCUAACAUUCAGUUAUUUCGUAAUAAUCACCAUCAUAAUUAUCAUCAUCGCUACCUGCCUAUGGCCGGGAAGUUGAGCAGGUUUUAACGUUUUACGUUCAAUCCCGAUGGCCCACGUCACGUGUAGCAGGCCUUUGCGUUCCCGCUCUCUUGUAACUUAUUUCUCAUAGAUAUCAAAUUUGGCUCAUCUUUGCAGUGGAGUAUUCCUACAAAUAGAGGUGCAUCUGCCAGAUUUGGCAAAUAGAGGUGCAUCUGCCAGAUUUGGCCGGUGGGGGGACCUUAUUAACCGUCGUUAACCAGGAUCCUAACUAAGGCAUGCCAUUAUAAAUUAUAUCUUGCGG